UCUCGAUUGCUACCGUCGCCUUCCUCUCUGUCAGUGCUUUAUUUUUGAGACACAAACAUAUUUUAUAUAUUUAUUUUAAAAUUCGUGGUUUUCUAUUAAAUCCAUUGUAAGUGCCAGGGAGCAAAUGCAGGAAAAGUCCAAAGUCCGUCAUAGCCGAGGGUGGCGACAUUAAGGCGUGACUUUUAAGACGUCCGCUCGAGGUCGCUGCUGUCCCUGCGCGCUCCGCCACGAAGGCCAUCAUCCAAAGUGAUGUGGAUUUUCCAGCUCAUUGAAAUUUCCCAUCUGCUCCUCAGCGGGCAACCCCCACUCGGUAUCCGGGUCACACUCCCCACUAAACGGAACUGAGACGUGGGAAGUGAGCUGGAAGAGGAGGCCCACAUGGGCGCCCACAGCUGAUUCCUUUCGUCUGAGCGACUCGAAUCGUUUGUUAUGUCAGAUUCUCGAGUCCCUUCGCGACCUCAAAAGGCGGACAAAAUGCAUGCAAAAUGUAAAUCGCAACCCGGUGAGCCGCAAAAGCGUCCCGGCUGCCAUACAGUUGCCACCACAGGAAACGGUGGGUUCUUUGUCGCUGUCAGAACUACUCUUCUCUGCUACGUGCUAGCGGCUACAUGCUAUCAUCUCCUCCCCCGUUAGCAAUGCUGGACUCCGGAGGAGGGACGAGAGAGAUCGGCGAGGAGGGGAUGAGGAGGAGGGGAGGCGCUUCAGCCCCGCUGUAGUGUGCUGUGUCGGCCGCAAGCAGGCGGGCAGAUGAGCGCAACAUUGUGCGCGAGCUGGCGCGAUAAAUGAGCAGCAAAAGUGGGAUUUGUUGGGGACUCGUUGACGGCGGACGAAGCCCGAAGCCGUGUAAGCGACGACGAUCGGGAUUGUGGCUUCCUUCCACCCCGCUGAGUGUGCUGGCCUAAAGGAAGACCCCACCAUGCACAUAAGACCCGUCUGCUUCGCAGCCACACCUACUUCCUGUCUGUAGAGGAAGAGGCUGUGCCAGGAUGUCCUCUCAUCCUCAGUCUGUGCCACCGGGCCGGAGACCAAUGGACACGCGGCACUUGCCGAACCCCGCCACCUUACCGUUGCAGCUCCAGCGGGCGCACACAGAAGUGGGAAUGGUGGACUACCACUCCCAUCAUGGCCGCGACUACAGCUCGCACUUGGCGCAACCUCAUCGCCGUCGACCCUCCUUGCUUUCGGAGUUCCAGCCGGGAAACGAGAGUUGUUUUUGCAGAGGACAGGAGCAGCAUAUCCGCUACGAGCACAUCUACUUACCAGAGCCGAGCAGCCAUUCCGAGUUGGAGUUCGGAGAGAUCAAACGGCCUCGUCUGGAGAUGGGACCAGAUUCUCUGAUGAGACCUUCGUCCCAUCGGCCGCAGUUGCCUCAUGGAGGGUCUGAGGAUCUCGCUAAGGAUCGCGGAAGUGCCAUGGGGAAGCUUGAGCCCAUCUCCCCUGUAAGUCCUGUGCACAUGGACCCCGAUUUGGAUCUGGUGCCGGCCCGCUUUUCCAAGGAAGAACUGAUCCAGAAUAUGGACCGUGUCGACAGGGAGAUCACGAUGGUGGAACAGCAGAUCUGCAAGCUUCGCAAAAAGCAGCAACAGCUGGAGGAAGAGGCUGCCAAACCUCACGAGCCAGAGCAGCCCAUUUCCCCUCCGCCCAGCGAGGCCAAGCACCGCAGCUUGGUGCAGAUCAUCUACGAUGAGAACAGGAAAAAGGCAGAAGAGGCUCAUAGAGUACUGGAGGGACUCGGACCCAGGGUAGAACUGCCACUGUAUAACCAGCCUUCUGAUACCAAGCAGUACCAUGAGAACAUCAAAAUAAACCAGGCGAUGAGGAAAAAACUCAUCUUAUACUUCAAAAGAAGAAAUCAUGCUCGUAAGCAAUGGGAACAGAAAUUCUGCCAGCGUUACGACCAACUGAUGGAAGCCUGGGAGAAGAAGGUGGAGCGCAUUGAAAACAACCCGCGGCGCCGAGCCAAGGAGAGCAAAGUACGGGAGUACUACGAAAAACAGUUCCCGGAGAUUCGGAAGCAGAGAGAGAUGCAGGAACGAAUACAGAGCCGCGUUGGGCAGCGAGGAGGUGGAUUGAGCUCUUCUGCAGCUCGCAGCGAACACGAGGUCUCAGAGAUCAUUGACGGAAUAUCAGAGCAUGAGAACACAGAGAAACAAAUGCGGCAGCUGGCGGUCAUCCCUCCGAUGCUGUUUGACGCCGAGCAGCAACGCAUCAAGUUCAUCAACAUGAACGGAUUGAUGGACGACCCCAUGAAGGUGUACAAGGACCGGCAGGUCAUGAAUAUGUGGAGCGAGCAAGAGAAGGACACCUUCAGAGAGAAAUUCAUCCAACACCCGAAAAACUUUGGCCUCAUCGCAUCUUUCCUGGAAAGAAAGACGGUGGCGGAAUGUGUGCUCUUUUAUUAUUUGACCAAAAAGAACGAGAACUAUAAGAACAUCGUGCGAAGAAACUACAGGCGGCGAGGAAGAAGCCAGCACGGCCAGCAGCAACAGCAGCAGCAGCAGCAGCAGCAGCAACAGCAGCAACAAGUCAAUCGCAGCAGCCAGGAAGACAAGGAAAAGGAGGAGAAAGACAAGGAAGGCGAGAGGGAGGAGGAGAAACCAGAAGCUGAAGACAAGGAGGAUGGGAUGAAAGAUGAAACUUCUGGCGAAGAUGCAGAGGACAAAGAGCCUGCAGUGGCCGUGAAGGGCCGGCGAACAGCCAACAGCCAAGGACGCCGGAAGGGCCGGAUCACCCGCUCGAUGACCAGCGAGGUGGAGGAGACGACCGCGGCGCCUGUCAACAAUGAGCUCGCCAAUCUGGAAAUGAAUGAAAGUUCUCGCUGGACUGAAGAAGAGAUGGAAACGGCCAAAAAAGGUCUUCUUCAGUAUGGUAGGAACUGGUCUGCCAUUGCCAAGAUGGUGGGAUCAAAAACUGUGUCGCAGUGUAAGAACUUCUAUUUCAACUACAAGAAAAGGCAAAAACUGGAUGAGAUUUUACAGCAACAUAAAAUGAAAUCGGAGAAGGAACGAAAGGCUCGCCGCAGGGGCAAAAGCCUUCAAAAUGAAGAGGCCACUGCCCCAUUCACAGCAGCAGAAGAAGAAGAGUUGGAAGGCUCGGGCGCAAGUGGCAAUGAAGAGGAAGCGCCUGAAGAUGGAGAAGGUGGCACCAACAACAGCUCGGACACGGAGAGUUUGCCAUCGCCACGUUCAGCUGAUGAUACCAAGGCCAAGGAAGAGGGUUCCAAUAAAUCCAAGGCUGGCUCUAAUAGUGGGGAUAAGGAGGUAGCCGGAACAGACUCAGAACAGGCUGAAGACGUGAAGCUUCCAAUAAAAGAAGAGCCAGAGCUCUCCAUCAAGCAGGAGAUCAAGACUGAAUCAGCAUCGCCAAACAAGGAUCCGGACCAAGCGUCACCAAGCACCGAGGCCACGGACAAGAAGGCUCCCGCGGCAGAAGCUGACGAUGUCAAAAACUGUCCCAAGAGCUCAAAGAAAGACCACGGGGCCAAAGCAGGCUCACAUGGGGACAGCGACUCCAGCGCCACUUGCAGCGCUGAUGAAGUCGAAGAAGCGGACAACACAGAAAAAAACAGAAUAACGUCCCCGCGUCCAAGCCUACUGAACUACGCUCAUGAUGGCGUCAUCUCAUCCCCGCUCCAGAAGCCCAUGGACCUUAAACAGCUCAAACAGCGGGCGGCCGCCAUCCCGCCAAUUAUACCAGAAGCGUCGGUCCAAGGCAAUCAGCGGAGUGGGGGUGCCAAGGCUGUGUUGCCCCCCCAUGCUUUGGCACUGUACCAACAGCAGAUCACUAUGGCUCAUGGGGAGUCGUCUCAGGAGGUCAAACAACAGCAGCAGCAGCAGCUUUCGGGCCAGCCAGGCAAACAGCAGCCUUAUUCCCAACAAGCUGAUAGAGACAGGGAGGCUCCUCAUAGCAGCAGCCCUCGCAUCCGCCCACGCAGCCCUGCCACUGGUGACAAGGACGAAAAGUCGCAGGCUUUCUCUUCGCAUGGCGACGUCAAGAGGCCAGCACUGGGGCCCGACGACUUAAGGUCCGCUAACCUGGGUCGAGCGGUUUUGUCUCCGUUCCCCGUGUCCCCACGAGACUUGGCCAAGAUCAGUCACGACCAACACCUGCUCCAAUUCAACUCAUUCCAGCAAGUGGGCCACCCAGUACUUCCUGGUUUGCAACAGGAUAGUGCCAGACAAGCAACAGUGAGACCCCUCAUUAUGCCAGAGCCCCCACCUCUCAUUUCCUCAACCAAGCCAGGGGGCUCCAUCACACAGGGGACUCCUGUACAGUUGCACAGCCCAGCUCAUGGGUUCGAACAUGGGAAAAUGCCUUCUACUCAGAUGAGCUUGUCUUGGAUUGAUCAGAGGAAAGGUGGUGCUCCAUUCCCUGUGGUCAAGCAGGAGCAGUUAUCCCCUCGCAGCUCAUCCUUGCAACCUGACAACCCAUCUACCCAAGGCCCACCUCAUGAUGGUGGAAGAGCUGUUCAGGGCGGUAGCAUCACGAAGGGUAUCCCAGGGACCAGAAUGCAUCCAGAUUCCGCAAUCUCCUACAGAGGUGGCUCUAUCACUCAGGGGACACCGGCAGAUGUGCUGUAUAAGGGAACCAUUACCCGUCUGAUCACAGAGGACAGCGCGAGCCGAGCUGAGAGGGAGCGGGAUGACACCUUGUCCAAAGGUCACGUGGUCUAUGAGGGAAUAAGUGGUCACAUCCUCACAUACGACCGUCCAGUUUCUCAAACCUCUAAAGAUGAUGGUAGAGGGCCAGGCCAAGCUGGUGAAAUUCUUGGCCUAAAGCGUCCUUACGACGUGAUGGAGGGAGGCAUCUCCCGCGGUCUGCCCAUGAGGGAUUCCCUGUCUGCUUCCAACUGUGAAGGUCUAAUCGGCCGAGCCAUGCCCCAUGACAGGGACAGCCCCCAUCACACACCUUAUAAAGAUGCGCACCACAUACGAGGUUCCAUCUCACAAGGAAUACCACGUCAUCUGGACCCUCAGGAUAGCUACCUGAGAAGGGAAGCCAAGCAAAUGAAACGAGAGAACUCUCCGCCACACGGGGCCAGUUCACUGUCAGACGCGAUAAAGGGCAGGGAGGCCAUGGUGCCCACAGUGAAGGAGGCUGGGCGCUCCAUCCACCUCAUUCCCAGGGAGGAGCUCAGACAGCCAGCCAAAGAAAGCAUCAUAACACCGGGAACUCCCAUGAAGCAGGAAGCUGGCAGCUCAGGUAAACGACACGACGUCCGCUCCAUCAUAGCCAGCUCGCCACGUUCCUACCAUAACGCGCCCCCUCACCUGGAGAUGCGGGCAGAGAGGGGGCGCUAUGAGGAGGCCCACAAAGGACGCCCGAGUGCGGUGGUCAGCACCGCCAGCCCGAUAGCUCGCUCCUCUCCCCUGACGCUGGCUUCCGAGCAGGGAGGCAAAUCGCAUCACAGCCCCGUCGGCUAUGAGGACAAAGGCACCUUGAGAAAUGCUUACCCUGGCCCGUCACACCGUGGCUCGCCGCUUUCCAGUCAGCGGCAACAUGAUGGCUCCAGUAAGAAAGAACCUCAAGAGCGAAAAGCCACACCGACCCCGAGGGAGAUGAGCGCGACCAAAUCACCUCUCCCGGGGGUUCCUGAUCAGCAGACGUUCGAGCGACUGUUGCAGGGCCUCGGAGCCGACGUUUACAGACAAAUUCCUUUGGCCUUCGAUCCUGCGGCACUGCCUCGCGGCAUCCCCAUCGACCCAGCCUACUACUUGCCUCGCCAUCUGGCCCCCAACCCGGCGUACCCUCAUCCCUACCCCUACCUCAUCCGGGGAUUUCCAGACACGGCGGCCCUGGAGAACCGGCAGACGCUGCUCAAUGACUACAUAACUUCCCAGCAAAUGCACCAGUGGCCUGCAGCGGCUGCCAUGGCUGCCCAGCGCUCAGACAUGCUAAGGGGCCUUACUCCGCGAGAUCAGCCCCUUCCUCUGCCUUACUCUGCAGCCCCUCGUGGAAUCAUUGAUCUAUCUCAGGUGCCGCACUUACCUGUCCUGGUCCCUCCCUCUGCAGGGACGGCCGGCUCCCCAAUGGACCGUAUCACCUACAUCCCGGGGGGGAGCGCCACCUUCCCUGGCAGGCCUUACACCACUCCCCCAAUCUCACCCGUUGGUUCCUCGCACAUGAACAAGAUGCAAGGCACAUCAUCUUCUUCAGAACGCGAGCGUGAAAGAGAUCGUGACCGAGACCGGGAACGGGAGAGGGAACGCGACAGGGAUCGUGACAGAGAGAGAGAGCGGGACAGAGAAAAGGGUGGAGGAAAUGUGGAGCAUGCCCCCAUUUGGCGACCAGGUACAGAGCACAGCUUAGCAAGUAGUAGCGGUGUGAGAGCUUCUUCCCAGCCGUACAGCCACCAGCAUUCGCCAGUGUCCCCUCGCACACAGGAGACUGUGCAGCAAAGGCCCAGCGUCCUGCACAAUACCGGAAGCAAGAAUCUUUCCUCCGAACACCCCAGCCCCUCCGUGUUACGAUCCGUACCUUCAGGACCCUCCCGUUACCAAGGUUACCAUGGUCACCUGCAAAGGACCGGUUUGCCUCCUGAGGCCUACACCUCUGCCCUGGAUUCGAGUGGAGCCAAAGAGCAGAGUCGCGAAGGAGGCAAAAACCGAGGACUACCUAAGCAAGUCCAAGAUCAGCACGGGCCCUCGAGCAAGUCGGACUCCAAGCUUACAAGUCCCAGCCAGGGAGGAAUAUACCCAGGUCCUUACUCCUCGAUUUCAGGACGUGCGCCGCACCUGCAGUUGGAAAACCCUCAUGGCCGCGGGGACGGUGGUACGCCUAGUAGGGAAAAUGCUCAAAAUAAAACGAUGUCCAUUCAGGAACAAGAGCUCAGAGCACUCGCUCAACAGAAGAUGGAGUCACAUGUUCUGUAUCGACCUCCGUCUGCGGAAAGGCUUUCGCCAGGCCAGAAACCGCCUUCGCCUUGUGUGAAAGGCAGCCAACGGGUCGUGACCCUGGCUCAGCACAUCAGUGAGGUGAUCACAAAAGAUUACAGGCAGAGUCAGCAGCAGCAUCAACAAGGUUACCACGGCUCACCCAUCCUGGACUUGACCCGACCCCCCAGUGCCUCACAGCCCCCGGCCUCUUCCCAGGAGGCCCCCCAAGCGGGCCGCUACGCCGAGGGCCUCGGCGGGGACCGUAACAGAGACCGGUCUCCUUCUCAAUCCAAGUCUUCUCCCAUCAGUGUUUCCAAUGACUGCAUCGAGCCGGUUUCUCCUGCCGGGGCCAACUCCGAGCUUGAAAUCCAGGGAGGAGGCUCGUAUCCCAACGAGCUAGGAGAGCAAGUAAUGGGCUCCCGUUCCCCGCCCAACACCUCGCAGCCUCCGGCUUUCUUCAGCAAGCUGACUGAGAACACCUCCGCUAUUGUGAAAUCAAAGAAGCAGGAGAUGAUCAAGAAGAUGACUGUGGUGGGAAACGACGAUUUUAAUGCGGGUCAGCCCGGAACAGAAAUCUUCAAUAUGCCGGCAUCUACAACAGCAGGAUGGACGCUGUCUUCAACAGGAUCGGUGGGCGUUCGCAGCCACCCGGCCCCCGAGACGCCCGGCGGCUCCAUCGGUCUGGAGGCCAUCAUAAGAAAGGCUUUGAUGGGAAAAUACGACGAUCAGCCCGAGGAACGCUCGCCCGCCGCGUCGGCUCAGCAGCUGGUGUCGGGUCUGCCCGUUGGCUUGAGCGCAACCGACGGCCGCGCGGACGACACCUUCUCGCAAGGUGGCGGGAAGGCCUCAAAGGGCAGCGGGCGCUCCAACGGGCGCAAGGCCAAGUCCCCAGCGCCCGGCCUGUCGGGGGGCGAGAGGCCGUCCUCAGUGUCCUCGGUCCACUCUGAAGGAGACUGUAACAGAAGAACGCCGCUGACCAACCGAGUGUGGGAGGACCGGCCCUCCUCCACAGGUUCAACGCCGACCCCCUUCCCGUGCAACCCGUUGAUCAUGCGUUUCCCCGGCGGGACGGUUUCGGUUCCCUCGCCUUCGUCGGGGCAGCCGGUGGGCCACGUGGCCGCUCAGGGGCAAGGCCGCGCCUGGGAGGAGGAGCCCAAGCCGCUGCUCAUGUCUCAGUACGAGUCGCUGUCCGACAGCGAGUGACCGGCUUGGGGGCGCGUGGGCCCGCCCCGGCGCCGCUGCGCUCUGCGUUGCCCGCUCCCGGAAUCCCGUCACAAGUCGUCCCUUCUUUCACGUCUCCUCGCCGGCCUUAUCAGCUCGGGCACAAGUCAACGCGCUCAAGCGCUUUGGCGUUUGUUUGCCGGGUGGGAUUCUCGUCAAGUCGGCAGCCCAACCGGCAAGAGUUGAAUUUCUUGAGCCUCUGCUUUGCUACAAGCGCAUGCAAGGGAAGGGACAGAACUUUCUUUUUUUUUUUUUUUUUUUUUUUGUUGAUGGUUCUUUUUCUUCUUUCAACUCAGUCUCGUGAUUGGGAAGCCAUCGCGGACAGCAAGUACCUUUUUGGUUGUGAAUGUUCUAUGGUUAUACGUGCUGGUCCUCGGUCCGCAAAGAUCUUCAGAGGCUUUUGGGGUCGGGGGGGGGCCCUCAUAUCAUUGGUUUACAGGGUAAACACGCCGUCAGUCGCAGACGACGUCGUCCGUUGGCGAUGGUCCCGAGGGCGGGCGUCGGCCGUCCCGUCUGACCUUUGGCCGUACGACGGGGUUUGGACAAGUGACGCUGUGGCGGUUUUUGAUAUUGACUGCAUCCGUGUUCGUUCGUUUGAUGCUUUUAGGAUACGAAGCACUUAGUAGUUGGCCGGUCCGCAACGGUGUCGCUCCGAAAGCAGCGCGACGGGAUUUCAAACGACCCUCCGCGGCGUUCCCGUCUUGGGGCUUUUGCGACAGUCUGACCUUUGACCUUGUACUGCAUAGAGGAAGACCCUUAGCUUCUCUACUGUGCAACUUUUUUUUUUUGUACAUUAUAAUAUAUUCUUAGUGUUAAGUGCCAUUUAUUUUCCAUGCACAGUGCUGAAGUUACCAAGUGACGCACAAUUCUUUCUUUUUUCGGGGUUGGGGAGGGGGUGGGGGGUGGCCUCCAUUGCCAGGGUUUCUUAUGUGCAGGCUGGGAGUUGACAACAUAGAUGCAAAUGUCUUUCUUUGUGCAUCUGCCAGCCGCGCACUGGCAAAACUCACAAUCUUACCAAGAACAGUUCUUAUUUCCGGUCAAGUCCGAAAACUUGAGAUGAUUACACUUCAAAUACGUGUCGUGGUUUUUAGACCAUUUCCGCUUGUUUCAGGCUUUAUUUUGGCUUACUUACAAUAAGCGAGCGGUCAUGCCGAGCUCACUGGUGUCAAAUUCGAGCCUGCCUGCGUACCGAGAUCUGCAGAAAUGAUUUGGCAACGAAUGCGCAGAGGGGCGCGCUGUCUAUUGAAAGGAAACUGAUUUAAAAAAAAAAUGCCAUUGGCCUUUGAAACAAGUGAAAAUUGCCUCGUCGCUUUUUUACUUGACAAGUCUUAUUGUAAGGGGUUUUGACUGUGAAUCAGCCAAAUACUCCUGCUAAGCUUUUUGAGGUUUUCCAACGCAGCGAGCUUUUCGGCCGCAAAGGGAACGCGCGACAUUUUCUCUAUGCGGCACUCGCUUCACGGCGCUGGAUUGUGGGCGGGUUUCACGGGAGGUGAAUGGGGAAAGCGCUGCAAAACGGCAACGGCCGCACCAAAAGGGCUGGUGUCCGGGGUCGGAUGGGCUCAGGUGGAGUUUGGUCCUUUAGCGACACAACAUCCAAGUUUUUGGGACGACGUCCAGUCUAACCUCUUGUCAUGCCUGCGGGAUGCUCAUCGCGGCCAUCUUUGGGGUGUUUUUGUUUUUAUCGUCCACCCGGAGGGUGUGUAAUUUGGCCCACACAUCGGUGUCUGUUGCUCCAUGUUUUAUUUCAUGAAUCCAUUAAGGAAGUCGAAGAAUGUGAGCGGACUAGCUGUUGUUUUAACAGAUGACGGACUUAAUUCACUGAUUUUAAAAAAUGAUACUAAAUUAAAUUUUAACGUGCAUUCAUUUUGCCUUUGCUCCAACAGUUUUGUCCAACCGCAGAUUCUCCACUUGUCAAAAAUAACAAAUAUCAACUGUGGUCCCUGGAGGGAGGGUGGGUGGGGCUGUUGGAAUAUUAUAACUUUGUUCCAACGUUUUGUUCAUAAGGUUUUUUUUUAUAUAAUUAUAACCCAUGUAUAAUAACAAGGAUUGUAUAUAAAACAAUAUAGAUGUAAAUAUUUAUGUGGCUUGCUUCUAGGUUGGUAUUACGGAAUAAACACACGCACACGGUUAAAUUCUACAUGCCCACCAGCAAGCUUUGUGGAUUGCAGUGUACAAAUGGAAAACAAAGAAGACACUGCCUUAAUGUUGAAAUAAAAACCUUAUUGCCAUUCAG